CGCAGACGGCAGUGUGCGGAGGGAUACGGCCUCGCUCAAGAGACCUGGUUAUUCACGCUCUCUGAGGCUGGCGGCGAUGUCAUCGAGAAACGAGGCGGUGAGGCGGUCCCAGGAGCCGUCGGCUGAAGAGCGGCAGGAAAUGGAUGACACUGUAAUCAGUCCUGAAAAGGCUGAGGAAGCAAAACUGAAGUUGAAAUAUCCAAAAUUGGGACAGAAACCUGGUGGGUCAGAGUUUUUGAGGAAACGUCUACAGAAGGAUCCAAAGUACUUUGAUUCAGGAGAUUACAAUAUGGCUAAAGCUAAAAUCAAGAACAAGCAACUGCCAAACAGUGGAGCAGACAAGAACCAAGUGACUGGGGAACACAUUCCUACUCCACAAGAUCUGCCUCAGAGAAAACCUUCUCUUGUUGCUAGCAAACUGGCUGUCUGAGACCUCACGAAGAAUGCAUAAAAUUCUUGUCAUUCCUCUUUCUUGCUAUUGAUUCCUGUGUUUUAGCUUUUUUUCCUUGAACCAUUACAUCAUGACUGACAGCUUAGCAGAUAAUACAGUGGCAAGCUGUUGCUGCAAGAAAGUCCUUUAAACACAGACUGAAGACCAGCCUGAGAUUUCAUAAACUAGAAACCAUGCACUGAUGACUAGGACUUUGAUGUUAAAAGUAGGAAGUAGUCGAAUACAAUGCUGAGGCACAAAUGUACAUAUAGUAACUUCAUGUAGAUGCAGUCCCAUUAAAUAUUUUACAUUUUUAUGGAUUCCAGUUUCCCAUAAAUUAGUGUAAAGCUAGUUUAAAGUCUUGAUUGAAUUAGGUAAGUCUCUGAUUGUUUCUCUUUUUCCAUGUUAUAUAAUGCUGAUCUCAAUAUUGCAAUUAACAAUCCUUGUGGAUGUUAACACUAAAAUGGAAAUAGCAUGUUUGAAAACCAGGAUAGCUGCCCAUUCCUCAUCUAAUCCUGAGAAACUUAAGAGCUUUAAACCUAUUUAAAUGUUUGUUAAUUGGACAAUAUUUGUCCAUUGUGAUAUAGCCCUCCUGGAUGUAUUUCAAUUAAUUACGGUGCCUGUAGCAGUUCUGAAUGGUAUUGAUUAAAGAUUGAUAGGUUAGGGCUGUUGUAUAUCCAAGGUGAUUGAAAUGUGCAUGAGCAUAGACUGUGCAGUCACUUUGUGCCAUUUUUUUUGUAAAUAAAAUAGUUUUGGACAAUAUGUGCUAAUGGCUGCCUUAAGCACUGAGAAGUUAUUUGUAAUUAAUUGAUUACUACAAAUCUUAUCCAAAUUUUGAGCAUCAAGAAUCAGUUGAAAUCUCUGCACUGUUGAAGUUCCUGUGCUUUAUGACAGUGUGCUUCAAGUCCUCCAAACAUCAUAGGGAAAGUUCAGCUAUCACAUUAUGGUUGGCUGACAAUGCUGUCGGAUGGGGGCGUUAUGGUGAGACUUGUUACUUCUCAAUUGAAAUCUUGCUUUCAAACAUCCAAGUUAUCAUUUGUAAUAAUUCACCAUACUUGAGUGUCCCGAUAAUCUGUCUGUUCAAUACGUAUGUGAAUAUCAUCAUUAUAGACUUGUGCUGGCAUUUGCCAAUUGCAUUCAUUUGAUUUGUCUACAGUUGUGCCAAAUUGGUCAAUUCCUAUAUAAAUCUACAACUAAUCUAGAUUGUGCUCACAUUUAGGGUAGCAAUUGAAUUAGUUAAUUCCAAAUUAUUAACCACCAAAGGCAAAAAAGGCAUCAUCUUUUAUUGGCUGGUCAAGUGGUUGCACUGAUUCGAUGAUGUGAUGAAGCAGUAAGAUUAGCUGACUUGAUAGGUUGGGAGUAUGUUGUAUAUUACAAUAAAAUUCAAAACUUGAAAUAUUA